AUGGGUGACUGGAGCUUCCUGGGGAACAUUCUAGAGGAGGUGAACGAGCACUCGACGGUGAUCGGCCGCGUGUGGCUCACCGUGCUCUUCAUCUUCCGCAUCCUGAUCCUGGGCACGGCGGCCGAGUUCGUGUGGGGCGACGAGCAGUCCGACUACGUGUGCAACACGCAGCAGCCCGGCUGCGAGAACGUGUGCUACGACGAGGCCUUCCCCAUCUCGCACAUCCGCCUGUGGGUGCUGCAGAUCAUCUUCGUGUCCACGCCCUCGCUGGUCUACGUGGGCCACGCCGUGCACCACCUCCACAUGCAGGAGAAGCGCAAGGAGCGCGAGGAGGCGGCCGAGCUCCUCCUCUCCCGCCCGCCCGGGGACCAGGCCAGCGUGCGCACCUCCAAGGAGACGACGGGCGCCAAGGGCGGCAAGAAGUUCCGUCUGGAGGGCACGCUGCUGCGGACCUACGUCUGCCACAUCAUCUUCAAGACGCUGUUCGAGGUGGGCUUCGUGGCGGGCCAGUACUUCCUGUACGGGUUCCGCAUCCUGCCGCUGUACCGGUGCAGCCGCUGGCCCUGCCCCAACACCGUGGACUGCUUCGUGUCGCGGCCCACCGAGAAGACGGUCUUCAUCCUCUUCAUGCUGGCCGUGGCCUGCGUCUCGCUCUUCCUCAACUUCGUGGAGAUCGGCCACCUGGGCCUGAAGAGGAUCCGCCAGGUGUUCCGGAAGCCUCCGCGCGGCCACGGCGAGGGAGAGGACGGCCUCGGCCUGCCCCCCCAGAGACGCCUGCCGUCGCUCGCCUCGCCGCUGCUCUGCUCCGCGGGGUACCGGCUCCUGGAGGAGGAGGAGCAGCGCGCCACCCCGCACUACUACCCGCUCACAGAGGUGGGCAUGGAGGCGGGCAGGGUGACGCUGUCGUCCUACGCCCAGACCACCGAGAUCUGUGACGAGAUCCUGGAGGAGGAGGAGGAGGAGGAGGAGCAGGAGGAUGAGGAGAGUACAGCUGUACAGCUGGAGGAGGUGACAGAGGAGGAGGUGCCGGAGGGAGAGGCCCUGAAGCCACAGGAGGUUAGCAUGGAGGCAGAGGAUCUGGUGGACGACGCCAGGAGUCUCAGUCGUCUCAGUAGAGGCAGCUGCAGAGCACGCUCAGACGACCUCACCAUAUGA